CAUUGUGUAUAAUUUAGUGUCAUAUACAAGUAUAUGAGUGUUCAGUUUAUAAAAGAAUAUUGUAGGUGGGAGAGAGGAAUGGUUGGGUAAUGUUUGGUUUCCAGCUAAUUUACUCAAGAGCAUGCAUGUACAUCUAAGAAAGAAUCAGUCCAAGUUUAUUAGUGAAGCAGAUAAGUCAUCAGAGAACUUAAGAUGGCCCUAAAAAAAAUUUGUUGUUCCAUAUUUUUUAUUUAUCUACUACAAAUAUUCCAUCUGAAUGCAUCCACUAUAUUAGAAAGUUGCCCAUUGUUAAGUAAUAGCAGUCCUAUGACACAAACUGAACUUUUACAAGAGUUAACAAAUGAUUGUCGUUAUGAUAAGAUGACUAGACCACCAGGAGAAACUAACUUUACAGAUCCAAUUAAUGUGUAUACUAAGGCUUAUAUUUAUACAAUUAAGUCAAAUAUGGCAAAGACACUGCAAUUUGAUGUACAUAUGAUGUUACAAUUUAAAUACUUUGAUGAAAGGUUAAAAUUUUCAAAUGUUGCUCCAUAUUUAAAUCAAAUACGUGGUGGGCAGUUUGCACAUGAUUUAAUUUGGACACCUUCUGUGUAUGUUUCUAAUGAACCCAGUUCAGCCAUAAUGGGAAAUAGUGUUAAGGAUAUACUUGUUUCAAUAGAUCCAUCAGGCAUGGUUAUACUGAAUACCAGGUUACAAGCUACCCUUAACUGUGGUCUUCGUUUGGAGAAAUUUCCAUUUGAUGUACAAGAAUGUCCACUUAUUUUCGAAAGCUGGACACAUACUGUGCUUGAUAUGGUGUUGUAUUGGGACCAAGAGCCAAUCAUACUUGCAGAUGAAUUACAUUUGACUGAAUACAAGCUUGUUGAUAAAUGGGUGAAUAGAUCUGAACUAUUUUAUACCACAUCACAACAACAUUAUGGUCAUUUUGCUGGUAAUUUUAGUUCAAUUAGUAUUACAUUUAAAUUAGCACGUGAAAUGGGUUUUUUUAUGAUGGACUACUACAUACCAUCUAUAUUAAUAGUAGUUAUUUCUUGGGUGUCUUUUUGGUUGCAUAUGGAUGCAAGUCCACCAAGAAUAGUUUUAGGUACAAAUACUAUUUUAACAUUUAUGACUCUAGCAUCAAAAGUGGAAAACUCUCUGCCAAAAGUUUCUUAUAUAAAAGCUAGUGAAAUAUGGUUUUUAGGUUGUACCAUAUUUUUAUUUGCAGCUAUGGUUGAAUUUGCCUUUGUUAACACAAUUUAUCGACGGAAAAAAAAUGUUCCCUUAAAAAAAGUAAAUAGUAAAUAUAUAUUAAAAUCAACUUUAACACCAAAAUUGGCUCGAAAACAAUUUCAAAAGAACACUACAGGUUUAGAACGAUCACGAUCUUGGUCAUCACUUGAUAAUGCAAAUACCAGCGACCAAGACUAUACAAGUCAGAAUUACCUUACUGUACAUAGUUUUCCAAGUACUCUCAACAUUCCCUCUGUUAAAAUUGAUGAAGAUAAAGAUCAAGAAUGUUCUAUGGGAAGCAUUAUGACUGUUAAUAGUACAUCAUCGCCAAAACCAUUUCCACGAAGAGCAACUCUUGCACAAUUGCAUAAUUUUACAACAAUGACACCACAAGAAAUUGCUCAAUGGAUUGAUAAACGUAGUAGAAUUGUAUUUCCAGUAGCUUUUAUUAUAUUUAACAUUCUUUACUUAUCUUUUAUUUGGAUAUAA